AUGUCAACAACAGAGAACACAACAACUGCUAUCGUUCAUGAAGCCAUAAGUGAAGAAUAUGAGUGGGUUCAGUAUAACAAACAACUCCGUCUCAUUCGUUCGGUCAAAGAUGACAUGUACCAAAUGCAAAGUAUUUUGAAUGCAUGUUUUGCUCCAGAUACUAAACACGCAGACGACUGGUUCAAAAACCAAAGCACACAAGAACUUUUGAGUGAAAUUUCUCUAGACCGAGAAUUCUCGGCCUUGCAUAAAACACAUGAAAAUCGUAAAAAUUUGCCAAUAAAUUUAAGAGGAUAUUAUGUACAUAGACUUCUUGUAAAUGCUGUUGCAAUGUGGGCUUCACCUCGUUACGCUUGGUAUAUUUUCAGACUUCUUGACGAAAUUCAUAGACAAGAACGUGAAGAGAUGGAAAAGAAACUUCAAGCAAAAGAUGAAGUCAUUGAAGCAAAAGAUGAAGUCAUUGAAGCAAAAGACAAAAACAUACAGAAAAGAAUACCACGUUCGGUACCAAAAGGAAAGGAAAAGAACUAUAAGUAUAUGAUUUACACUGAAGAGAUGGAAAAUGAAGAAGACAGAGAUAUGGUUAUGUUGCAUUUAGUCAGAAGAAACAACAAAAGCUUUUACGACCUUGCUAAGAUUUACAAAUCUGACAGAAAUUGGUUCUAUCGCGAAAACUUACCGAUUUCAAUGACACCAAAUGAAGAUGUUAAACAGAUAGUUCAAGAUACGUUACCUCAAACACACUAUGAUAUGAAAGG